GGAUGAAUCACCCAAAAAACCCAGGAGUAGUUUCUAUUCCUGUAGACACCUGAAAGUCCCAGCACGCAUAGCUUUUAAAAAUUGCUUGUGUUUGGUCCUCCGACAGGGCCUCCCAGCACCUCCAGGGCAUGAGAGCUGCAUCUGCCGGGGUAGUUUCAGCCCAGCCUUUCCUGAUGGGCUGGAAUCUCUGAGGGCUCCCAGGUAAGAGCCACCCAGGCCCACGGGUGAGUCUCAGCCCUCCCAGCCCUGAAGGUGGGAGAUGCCAGGGAAAUCUCUGCUUGCAGGGCCCUAGGAAGCCACAGGCCCAAGGCUGCCUCAAAUCUCUGUGCAGGCCUGGGACAGAGAAGCCGAGGCUGGGGAACCUGUGGGGCCCCACUGACCAUUCUUGCAGACACACAUGCAGUGGCUGAGGUCUCCUCCGAUGCUAGGCACGCAAGUCCUAACCUGCAAGUACUAAAUAGCACCACCUUCCUUUCCUUUCUGUGGGCAGCAGUUUCAAAUCCUAAACCCCCGAAGUGCUGGAAGCCACGACGGCCUUUGGCAGGUGCUGAGAAUGGCUGCUCCUGUGUGGUACCCCUGUUAGGGUGUCUGGGGUGCGUAGGAGGCUUCCUCCUCCAGAGGCUUCCCAGGCCUUGACACAUGCAGUGUGAUUUUUGGCUUUUUGGUUUUUGUUUUGUUUUUUGGAGCUGCGGGAGGGGGGCGUGCAGAUCUUCCAAGAGGGCGGGAGAGUGUAGACCCUCCUCCUGGAAACCGCUCCCCAUGUCCACACUCUAGUUCCACGCAGCCUCUCUGUAGACCCCAGAGCAAGAGCCCCUAGGCCAGACAGGGUGACACUGGAGCGGCUCAAAGAGCAUCUGGUCCCACCCCUUUAUUUCACUCACAAGGAAGUCGAGACCCAGAGAGGGGAAGUGACUCUCCCCAGAACAGGCUGACAGCCAGGCCUGGAGGAGAAAUGACAUCUCUCAGCCCUCUCAGCUGCACCAGACCACCAACAGGUAACAGCCUCUGGGCCAUUUAGAGAAACGAAGGCAUGGAGCCUCUAGCCUGACCUUGCUCUUGUGGACUGCAGGAAGAAACAUGAGUCAGCAAAACACCAGUGGGGACUGCCUGUUUGACGGCGUCAACGAGCUGAUGAAAACCCUGCAGUUUGCAGUCCACAUCCCCACCUUCGUCCUGGGCCUGCUCCUCAACCUGCUGGCCAUCCAUGGCUUCAGCACCUUCCUUAAGAACAGGUGGCCCGAUUAUGCUGCCACCUCCAUCUACAUGAUCAACCUGGCGGUCUUUGACCUGCUGCUGGUGCUCUCCCUCCCGUUCAAGAUGGUCCUGUCCCAGGUACAGUCCCCCUUCCCGUCACUGUGCACCCUGGUGGAGUGCCUUUACUUCGUCAGCAUGUACGGAAGCGUCUUCACCAUCUGCUUCAUCAGCAUGGACCGGUUCUUGGCCAUCCGGUACCCACUCCUGGUGAGCCACCUCCGGUCCCCCAGGAAGAUCUUUGGGAUCUGCUGUACCAUCUGGGUCCUGGUGUGGACCGGGAGCAUCCCUAUCUAUAGUUUCCAUGGGAAAGUGGAAAAAUACAUGUGCUUCCACAACAUGUCUGAUGAUACCUGGAGCGCCAAGGUCUUCUUCCCGCUGGAGGUGUUUGGCUUCCUCCUUCCCAUGGGCAUCAUGGGCUUCUGCUGCUCCAGGAGCAUCCACAUCCUGCUGGGCCGCCGAGACCACACCCAGGACUGGGUGCAGCAGAAAGCCUGCAUCUACAGCAUCGCAGCCAGCCUGGCUGUCUUCGUGGUCUCCUUCCUCCCAGUCCACCUGGGGUUCUUCCUGCAGUUCCUGGUGAGAAACGGCUUUAUCGUAGAGUGCAGAGCCAAGCAGAGCAUCAGCUUCUUCUUGCAAUUGUCCAUGUGUUUCUCCAACAUCAACUGCUGCCUGGAUGUUUUCUGCUACUACUUUGUCAUCAAAGAAUUCCGCAUGAACAUCAGGGCCCACCGGCCUUCCAGGGUCCAGCUGGUCCUGCAGGACACCACGAUCUCCCGGGGCUAACGGAAGGACAUCCUGUUCAGGGGAAGAAAGCCCUGGCCCUGAAUUCUGGUAACGGACAUCGCGUUCCAGGGUUUUGAUGUGGUGGGAUGAUCCGCACCAUCUUCACUGAUGUGCUUCCCUUUGAUGCCCAUUGAGUGCCAGUUUUGCUCAUUAUACCCCAAAGACCUUUUUUCCACUGCCUAGACAGCUUAUACCACCCAGUGUCCAGGGAUCUCUGAAGAACCCACAGACCAGGUGAAUUACUGAUUUCUAAGUCCAAAAACUAUAGAGCAGAAGAAUUGAGAAAGAGAAUGAGACCAUGUCAACAAGGCUGUUUCCAACUCUCCCCAUUUUCCUGUUCGACUGGGAGGUUCUGGAAAGAAAGAGAGAGAGAGAAAGGAGGUAAAGGAGGGAGCCAAGAGAGUCAGUUAUGGGGGAGAGUGUCUUGGGCAGAGGUGGGGUGGUAGGGAUGAGUGAAGCCCCUUUUUAGUUUGGGUGUCCCAGAACAGAGCAGACUUGCAUUUUCCAGUCCCUUCUGGAACUGUGUUGCCAAAAGCCUCACUGAGAUGACAGCAAGAAGGGGUGGUGUUGGGGCUGGGCAAGUAGUAUGGAUCACCCCAAGUUUCCAGUGAGCCUCAGAAAGGUGAAGGAAGCCAGCCACACCUUUCCGUGCCUGUGAGAAGACUGCAGAAUGACUGAGUGGGGUGUUGAUGACAUCCAAGAGCCAUGAGGGGGGAGAGGAAAGGACACUCCUGGGGAAGGAAGAAGACAGGCCCAGGGCUGGAAGCACACAGCCCCUCCCCCAUCACCAUCAGGGUGUCCACAGCACGGAGUGUUGGUGCUGGCCCAGGGUGAAGAGAGACAGUGAGAGACGGCCUGGGAGCGGGGAGACCCCUGACCUGCUUUCUAUCUUAAACAGACUGGGAAGUUGCUCAUUACAGCUAGCUUCCUUGAAAACAAUGGCAAAGAAUCAGGCCUGCCUUGGUUCCACCAUAGGAGGGUGGAGGAGGUGCUGUCUUACUCACCUGCAUCCUGGCUGGGCAGCUGGCACCCGUGGCACUGCCCAUGGAGCCGUCCCUCCCUGGCAGCUGGGAGGGAGAUGAGGCAGCUAGGCACAAGGGUGUGGCCUUGAGAAAGAAGGCAAGGGGGGUCCCUGCAGGUCCCAGGAAACUGUAAACAAUUGAGUCACGCCUGGAUGGCUUCUCAACGGAUCUGGAGGAGGAGUGCAAGUGACAGCGGAAGCCUCCCAAUGACUCAGCUGCUCCGGAGAGUGAAAUGAUGAGAAGGAUCCAUUGUGGGGUGGUUUUGCAUGACAGAGCGAGUGGGAUGAGGAGUAACUGAUGAGACUUCAUGUGAGCAAGGUCUUCAGGAGGAAAAGCAACUGAGGUCUACUUGUAGGAUCUGGGCUCAGUGGGGGCUGAAGGGCUUGGGAGGGGUGGCGACCUGAGGGGAAGAAGAGAAGCAUUUGGAUAAACCUGGACCUGUGGGGAGGAGGAGGAGGAAGAGGAAGAGGAAAAGGAAGGGAAGCUGAGCAGUGGCCCUAGGCUUGAAGCCUGCAGGGAGUGCAGGGUGGGUGGGGAACCUGGCUGAGCUGCUUCCUGCCUGAGAGCUUUCCCAGCUGGCCUAAGAGCCAUGGACGGACAGGAGUCGCCUUCUCAGGAGUAGCUCCCGCUGUUGCUGUGUUCAAGUGGCACCCUGUACACCUCCUCCUAGGUGGAUGGAGGGAAGGGUGAGGAAGAGAGCGUCAAUGAAGGGGUGGAAGUGGAUGUGGAGGAGUGACCAGACCAGACCAGACCAGACCAGAGGGAUCGGAGGCUCAGGCCCCCUGAGCUGGGCCUCUAAGAACCACAGCCACAGAGUCAGGCUCUGCAGACCCAGAGGUAAGGCUGCCUGGCUGCCCCAAACCCCAGACACUCCUCUCCUUGCCUGCAGGCUGCCCUCUCCAAUGGCCACCCUAGACAGAGACACCACCCGUGAUACUCUGAGGAAGCCAGACUUUCGCAUGCAACAGGGCAUUUGGGGCUGGUUCGGCUCAGUGUCCAUGGGUGGUGGAUUUAGUGACCACCCUCCUCCCACUUCUUUCUCUGCACGAGGAGUUGGGAGCCUGCCUGGUGGAGUUGAGUGAUGCCCGUCAUGUGCACUUGGGUCUACCAAUGUGCUCAAGGCCAGAUGGGCUUCCUAAGAGACAAGGGUGGGUGGACCUAACCACCUAUCAUCCCCAGCGAUGUUCAAACAUAAAAUCGUAUCUAUGUGCAGCAUGACUCUCUCCAGGUGACAGAAAGGGCUCUAGACAGCUGAGAGGAACUGAUCAUGUAGGGAGGGACGGGGAGGGGAGCCAGGACCCAGGAGCUGCAUGGCUGUAAGAGGAAGGUCCUUGGAGGGUAUCAGCAGUCUCAGUGUGAUGUGACAACUAUGGACCUGUGGGUGUGCCCUGGGGACCCCUGACCCAUCCCAAAACACUGUGGAAAGAAGGGCCUCUUCUCCGUGGGGACCCGUGUCUGCGGGAGCGGGCACAGGUCCAUGCUGCAGGCCACUACGGCUGCUCGGCAGGAGGGCCGAGAGUUUGGACCCACAUAGCUGCAACCCAAGCUGGCCCAUAAUCAGCAGUGGGGCCCAGCAGCACAGGAGGGGUGGACGGUUAGCACUGGAAAAAAUGACUUGAUUAAUCUGAUUCGCCAAAUAAAUAGAUUCAUGUGAUGCCUUGUGA